GCAAAAACAUAUGUAAUUCAGAACAGUUCUAAAACCCUAAACACCAAAGUAUUUUCACCUCUCUCGCUCACUCACUCCUGUCUUGAACCAAAAACAGAACACUUCCAAUGGCGGGCGAGAGAGGCGAAUCAACGGUAAUAACCCUAGGAGGCAAAGGCUCCUCUCUUACCUCCACUUCUCUCUACUCUAUCGCCACUGGUAAAUCACAACCACGCAUUGAUUCAUCAGCAUUCGAUAGACUACAGCUCGCCGAUCAAAACCCUCAAAGCUCUCUCACACCAUGCAAAAAAACCUUUCUUAUUGACAAGUUUACCCCACUCGAAAUUCGCGCCUCUCUCACUUACCUCCUUAACAAGCUCCUUGUCACCGCUAAUUCUGCUGGCAUUCGUACAUUUAUCCCUAAUUUAAUUUCAGAAGCCCUAAAUUCAAAAUCAGAGACAUCAUUUAGUCUUGAUAAUCCAAUUGAUGUUACUAAAGAAGAAGGUGCUUUAAUUGAAAAAUCAUCUGCUUAUGUCUAUGGAAUUUGUGCUAUUUUGGAUCAUGAAGCUACUUGUUUGGCUUCUGUUGUUGAUGCUGUAGCUGCUUUGUCUUGUGAAGCAUGUAAAGCUGAUGUGGCAGCAUUUGGGACUCUGGAUAGCGGCGACGGAUAUGUUGAUAAGGAUGGUGCUUGGGUUGCUGGUGAUAUGAAGGUUUUGCUUAAUGGGUCUAUGUUAGUGGGUAAAGUACAAAAUGAAGUGUUUUCUAAAAUUCCUAAAAUUAAUGGCAGAUUGAGAGAAGCUGUGAAAUUAGUUCAUUCUGUGACACGUGUCGCAUUGAAUUCUCGGGAUGAAGUUUAUGAGGAUGAUGCCAUUCCAGCAGUCUUAGCAUUUGCUGCGGCAGUUCUUAAAUUGGGGAAGAGUAGCUUGUGCCGGGCGAAAAUGAAUUUGGAUGUAAUAGGGAAUGAAAGUUUGAGAAAGGGAUUAAUUAGUAUGUUCGAGAUUAAAUGUGCUAAUGAGGAUGUUUUAAUGAAUGCUUAUAGAUUGGUCUUGAAUUCAAGUUUUGAGGAGGAUAAUGGGAAAUUUGUGCAUGAAGUGAAUGGUUUGUUGGGCAUUGUAUGGAAGGUUGUUGCUUGGGAGGGGAUAGCAGCAUUUGUUGUGCUUGAAGGUGGGGAAUUAAUGAGUGGAAUUAGGGUCGAAGCAGUUGAAAUAAAUGGAAAGGAUGAUAAGGCAGUAAAGAAGGGUGAAAAGAAGAAGAAGAAAAAGACUGUUCUUGGAAAAGGGACUAGUGUGAUUGUACAAUUAAUUAAGGAUAGGUUGCAGGGGAAAGGAGGGGAUUCUAGUGACAGUUUGCAGGUCUUGGAAAAAUGGGCUGGGGAUCUUUUGCUGUAUUUUGAUCCAAAAGAACCUGAGUUUGAUGAAAUGGUACAGAAAGUGAAAGAGAUUGUGGAAAGUAAUGAAAGUAGAAGACUUCCCAAACUUCCAAAGGGGACUCGUGAUUUUGCCAAAGAACAAAUGGCGAUAAGAGAAAGAGCAUUCUCAAUAAUAACAGAGGUUUUCAAGAGGCAUGGCGCCACAGCCCUAGACACUCCUGCAUUUGAAUUGAGAGAGACUCUUAUGGGGAAAUAUGGGGAGGAUUCAAAAUUAAUUUAUGAUCUUGCAGACCAGGGUGGAGAGCUUUGUUCUCUGCGGUAUGACUUGACUGUUCCAUUUGCUAGAUAUGUGGCUAUGAAUGGUAUCACAUCCUUUAAAAGGUAUCAGAUAGCAAAAGUGUAUAGAAGAGACAACCCAUCUAAGGGAAGAUACCGUGAAUUUUAUCAAUGCGACUUUGACAUUGCUGGUCAAUAUGAGGAAAUGGGACCAGACUUCGAGAUUGUUAAGAUUUUGACAGAAUUGCUUGAUGAACUAAACAUUGGAGAAUAUAAAGUUAAGCUAAAUCAUAGGAAGUUGUUGGAUGGCAUGUUAGAGAUUUGUGGAGUGCCACCUGAAAAGUUCCGUACUAUUUGUUCAAGUGUUGACAAACUAGACAAGCAAUCAUUUUCACAAGUUAAAAAAGAAAUGGUUGAGGAGAAGGGAUUAAGUGUUGAGACAGCAGACAAAAUUGGCACUUUUGUCAAGGAAAGUGGACAUCCUAAGGAAUUAUUAUCCAAACUUAAACAGGAGGGCAGUGAGUUUUUGGGAAAUGCUUCUUCUAGACGUGCAUUGGAUGAAUUGGAGAUUUUAUUUGAUGCUCUAGAAAAGUCAAAGUGCAUUGACAAAGUGGUUUUUGAUUUGAGUCUAGCUAGGGGGCUUGAUUAUUAUACUGGAGUUAUAUUUGAAGCUGUCUUCAAAGGGAAAACACAGGUUGGUUCAAUUGCUGCUGGUGGACGAUACGACAACCUUAUAGGAAUGUUUGGUACAAAGCAGGUUCCAGCUGUUGGAGUCAGUCUUGGGAUUGAGCGAGUAUUUACGAUAAUGGAGGAGGACCAGAACCAGACAAGUCGACCUACUGAAACCCAGGUUCUGCUGAGCAUACUAGGGGACAAAAGUAAACUUCCUUUAGCUGCAGAGCUUGCUGGCGAGCUGUGGAAUGCCAAGUUGAAAGCAGAAUAUACUGUCAGUACAAGGUUUAGUAAGCAUAUUGACCGUGCCAAAGAGUCGAAAAUUCCGAUUAUGGUACUUGUGGGUGAUAAGGAACUGGAGAAAGGGAUUGUAAAAAUAAAGAACCUUGAGACCACAGUUGAAAAAGAGGUCCCUAGAAGUAAUUUUGUGGAGGAACUCAAGCUUGAGCUGAUGAAACUCUCAUCUGUUUGAAACUAAAUCUGAACCAUUCUUCCAAACACUUCCACCGCAUCUCCUGUGCCGGACAAGGCACGCAUUGCAGAAGCAUAUAUAAUCAUUAGUCAGGUAUAUCGAAGAAAUCCAGUAAUGAUACGAAAAGUAUGAAAAUCUUUAGGGUUGCUCAUAUUUCCUUUUAUUUGUAUUCAUGCAAGUUCCCUUGACUUUUCUUUUUAUUUUUGUUCUUAACACUAAAUGGUUGCAGUAAAACUUCCACAAUCUGAAGGAAGAGGCUGUACUUGAUAACUCUACUGGUAAAUACAAUUUGUUGAAAAGAGUACUGGUAGUUGAUUCUGUGCUGUUGGUCGAGAACGUGGCCUAUUUGAUUGAUUGAUUGAGAUCCUAUGGUUCUGUGA